UUCAUUAUAAUUUAUUAAAGGCAGUAACUCUGCACAGAAGCCACAAUUAUACUGCACAUCUGUGAUGUUUUUCAAGUAUUUAUGGCUAAGUGAAAUAAUUUCCUUUUGAAAAAAAGGAUCCCACUUUUAGAAAACCCAGAAGAGGCCUUGCACAAUACUUAGAAGAGAGGCUGAUCUCAGCUGUAGCUCAUUUCCUGCCUCUUUCUCAGAUUGAGGCAUUGCAACUGUGCUGAAUGAAAGAAGACAGUUCUGUUUCUGUGGGAUCCUUUGCAGAAAUUCUUCCCUCCUUUUUCCUCAAAAAGUCAAUUGGUUUAAAUCAAAUAGAAAUGGGGGGUAGGAGAGAGUUCGCCGAAUGAUGAGCUUGUGCACUGUUGUUCCACAUUUCUAAAAUUCAUCUCUAGAAGCAGCUGCAGAAAAGUCUGAGAUGAGUGCUUGCUGAUUUUGCAAUAAAGGGGCCUCUGAUUUUAAGGGUCAUUUAGUGGCUUAAGUAUGAAUACAUAGAACGGAACAUGUACAAACAAGCAAGUAUCCUAAGAAGCAAAUGACAUGAACUUGUUUUGAUAUUCUUAUAGAAAGGACAUGUGCUAUCUUGCUAAUUUGAUACACCUGGAGUACAAUUCAGCAUUCAUCUCUUAUGAAAUCAAAUCCAACUGGAGAUUAUUUUCCUGGUGGAAGAUAUUGGGCCCAUCAAACCCUCCCCAUCCCCCAAUCUCUGACCGCUUUGUGUGUGGCAGACCCAUCACUCCUAGCUCCUGAGUUCAAGUCAAGAAUUCCCAGAUAAAACGCUCGCUGCUCCCAGAUGCUGAUGCCCUGGUCAUUCUAACACCGAUGCAAGUGGUUUCCAAAGGAACUUCUGCCUAUUAAAACAUACUUCAGGACCAGGGCUCGACAUGUCGGCUUGGAUUCGAACAAGAAUCAUGCUAUUUCAGAAACAAGUGAACAUUUGUCACAGACUUCUAGAAACGGAACAUACUCUAAGUUGUAUGUAGCAGAGUCUCGUAACGAAUGCAUUCUGAUGCUUCAGGCUGACUUUAGGGGCAUUACAAGAAAAGGCUAUGUAGCUCUCCUAGCUUCGUAAAUUAUUAUUUAUACUGCAGUAGCACCUAGAGGUGCCACUCAAAGAUCAAGGCCCCGUUGUGCUAAGUGCAUUACACACAUAUAACAAACGAAGGCUCCCGUGUGACCCUGGCAGGCCAGGUGCCAGCUCUUGCUCAGGCUGCAGGCAUUAGCUAAGAACUGACAAACUCAUAGCUGGCGAUCAGACCAGUUCACUUAUGUGGUGGUGUUGCUCAAAACAGGUAUUAGUCUUAUAAAACUGUAUUUACGGUUUAGAGUCUCCGAAAUGCUGGCAUGUUGCUGCUUGGAUUAAUCUUACUUGUAAUGUCUGUAUUCCAUGCUAUAAGGCAAUAUGUAAGGUUUGCUUUAUAACUUUGAAAAUGUUUGCUCUGAACUUUGUGAACUCAGAUGGGAAGAGUGUUUCCCCCUGCCUGUCCAGAAAGACUAUCAGAAUCAGAUUGGCCAUCAAGGAAUAUCGCACUACAAAGGAUUGGUUAUUGGCCCUAUUGCACCUUGGAAAUGCUACCUGCAAGGAAGUUGUCCUUGGGACUGGGAGGCUGAAUGAAGGAAAUAAAAGACACGGGAAAAUUUUCCAUCUCUUUGCUGUUUGAACUCUCCAAGGGCCAGAGACACCAAACUGAAGCCAGCGAUCUCCAGUGGUUACCUUCUGAGUCUGCCCUGAACAACACUUUGAAUUGACAGAUCACUACAACUCUGUCACUGUUAGGAUUCAGACUGAAAUUCAUGUGUGUGUGUAUGUCUGCUUGCUUUAAUCUGUAAAUAAUUCUCAGGUCUUUUUCCUAGUUUAUUACAGCAUUGGCUACAGGCAUUGUCUUUGCUGUAAGAUCUAAGGUACACAUUGAUCUGGGCUCUGUCCAAGGCUGUCAAUUCAUCCCAGCCAUCCAGGGAAACAGUCCAGGGCCAGAGCUCUCCAGCCGAGGAGAAUCCUCCCAGAAUCAUGAACAGCCUGAUGACAGCUCUUCUGGUGAUUUUCCUUCUAGGGCUUUCCCUUCAGCGCACCCAUGCAGCUCCACAAGGUAUCCUGGAAGACACAACCUGCUGCGCAAGCGUCACGAAGAGACCUAUUCGUUUUGUUAACCUGAGGAGUUUCUACAAGACCUCUCCGGGGUGUAGGAGACCUGCUGUGGUGUUUGUGAUUCUCCAUAACAGGGAAGUCUGUGCUGAUCCAGAGGCCAAGUGGGUACAAGCUGCAAUCCGGCGCCUGAGAAAAAAGAAGUAACUUAGCACAGCUGCCCCUGUACUCCCAGGGGCCCGCUGGCCCCGCUCUAUUUAUGUAAAAUACCCGUGACUGUUAAAUUUAUUAAAUCUUUAGUUUUUU